AUGGCGUCUGGGGUCGAAUCCGAUGAAGGUAGUGAAAGUAAAGGUGGCAUGUGGGCUUUGGAGCAGAAGCUUGACCAGCCUAUGGAUGAAGAAGCUGGAAGACUUAAAAAUAUGUAUAGAGAGAAGAAAUUUUCGGCAAUUUUGCUCUUGAGGCUUGCAUUCCAGAGUUUAGGAGUGGUAUACGGAGACUUGGGAACUUCUCCUUUGUAUGUGUUCUACAAUACUUUUCCUCACGGGAUAGAUGAGCCGGAGGAUAUUAUUAGUGCCCUUUCGUUUAUUAUAUACUCGUUGACAUUAAUACCCCUACUCAAAUAUGUUUUCAUUGUCUGUAGAGCAAACGACAAUGGUCAAGGAGGAACUUUUGCUCUUUAUUCAUUACUUUGCCGGCAUGCGAAAGUGAAAACGAUCCCUAAUCAACACCGGACGGAUGAGGAGCUCACGACUUAUAGCCGUAGCACUUUUCAUGAGCAUUCAUUUGCUGCUAAAACGAAGAGAUGGCUCGAGGCACACGCAGUGAGAAGGAACUCUCUUCUUAUACUCGUACUUGUGGGGACUUGCAUGGUGAUUGGCGAUGGAAUUCUCACACCGGCUAUUUCCGUUCUUUCUGCUUCCGGCGGGAUCAAGGUGGACCACCCGAAGAUGAGCAAUGAUGUGGUUGUACUUGUUGCUGUAUUCAUAUUAGUCGGUUUAUUCAGUAUGCAACACUAUGGAACGGACAAAGUCGGUUGGUUAUUUGCUCCCAUUGUACUGCUUUGGUUUCUCAUGAUUGGAGGCAUCGGCAUUUUCAACCUCUAUAAAUACGAUACCUCAGUUCUCAGAGCUUUUUCGCCCGUUUAUAUUUAUCGCUUCCUUAAAAGAGGCUCGAAAAAACGAUGGAUGUCCCUUGGAGGAAUCAUGCUUAGCAUCACAGGGACUGAAGCUCUUUUUGCUGAUCUUGCUCAUUUUCCUGUUUCUUCUAUACAGCUUGCUUUUACGGUAGUUGUUUUUCCUUCUCUUCUUCUAGCCUACUCCGGCCAAGCGGCUUACCUAAUGGACAAUCGAGAUCAUGCAGCCGAUGCAUUUUACCGAUCAAUACCGAAUAGUGUAUACUGGCCCGUUUUUAUCGUUGCAACUUUGGCUGCAAUCGUUGCUAGCCAGGCCACAAUCUCCGCCACUUUCUCGAUAAUCAAGCAAGCCCUUGCCCUCGGCUGUUUUCCGAGAGUCAAAGUUGUGCAUACGUCGAAGAAGUUUCUCGGGCAGAUUUACAUUCCGGACAUCAACUGGAUCCUCAUGGUUUUGUGCAUAGCCGUAACCGCCGGAUUUAGAAACCAAAGCCAAAUCGGCAAUGCCUAUGGUACAGCUGUCGUGAUCGUGAUGCUUGUGACGACCCUCUUGAUGACGCUGAUAAUGCUGCUCGUAUGGCACUGCCACUGGCUCCUAGUCCUCUUAUUCACCUUCUUCUCGCUAGUGGUCGAGUGCACCUACUUCUCGGCUGUGCUCUUCAAGGUUGACCAAGGCGGGUGGGUCCCGCUCGUCAUCUCCGCCGCCUUCCUAGUCAUCAUGUACGUGUGGCACUAUGGCACGGUCAAGCGUUACGAGCUCGAGAUGCAUAGCAAAGUGUCCAUGGCUUGGAUUCUCGGCCUCGGCCCGAGCCUAGGCCUCGUUCGUGUCCCUGGAGUUGGCAUAGUCUACACCGAGCUUGCGAGUGGUGUUCCGCACAUUUUCUCUCACUUCAUAACGAACCUUCCGGCCAUCCACUCCGUUGUGGUGUUCGUUUGCGUGAAGUACCUUCCCGUUUACACGGUUCCAGAGGAGGAACGAUACCUCGUGAAGCGAAUAGGACCGAAGAAUUUCCACAUUUUCCGAUGCGUGGCGAGGUAUGGGUACAAGGAUCUUCACAAGAAGGACGAUGAUUUCGAAGAGAAAUUGUUCGACAAUCUAUUCACGUUCGUCCGGCUCGAGUCCAUGAUGGAGGGGUGCUCGGAUUCUGAGUCGGACGGUGACGAGCUCACGACCGAAUCGAUCGACUCGAUUGUGCCCGAGGCGAGUGGAAGUGGGAACACGAUGGUGUCGUCGUCCGGCGGGCGAACGGAGGGCGGCGACGAGCUCGAGUUCUUGAGGGAGUGUCGGGAAGCGGGAGUGGUGCACAUUAUGGGGAACACGGUGGUGAGGGCUCGGAGGGAGUCGAGGGUGUGGAAGAAGGUGGCGAUCGACUACGUUUACGCGUUCCUUAGGAAGAUUUGUAGGGAGAAUAGUGCCAUAUUCAAUGUGCCUCACGAGAGCUUGUUGAAUGUUGGCCAGAUUUUCUUUGUAUAA